CACACUAUACUCGAUUAUUGAAAGUAUGUAACCAUUCAGUUGCGGUUUGCUACAAAAACAUAAAUGAGUGCGAAGUAAAUUGACAAAUUUACGUAUUCUACACACACAUGUACUUGUCAACAAAUUGUUAUCUGUGAAUUGCACGUAUGAAAUAAAUCUCUUGAAGAGAAAAAGCUUGCUUUUCAACUUUUUCAAGCAUGGCUGCAGCCGGACGCAGGUUAUCGUCGGUGCUCAUAAAAAAAUUUUUAGGAAGCAGGGUCCUUCUGUCCAGUAAUUCAAACCUCUGUGCAACAACACCGAUCUCGAUUCGUCGAUUAUCAACCCAAACUCAACCUAACAUCAUCAAAGAUGACAAAAUCAGUAGUAAUAGAGGAACAGAUGAUUCUGAAAUAGAUCCACUGAAGCACCCGGACUACUUUCAAGUACACAAAUUGUUUACAGUUAAAGAUUUGUUUGACGCGAGAGUUCAUUACGGCCAUAAAGUUGGCACGUUAGAUGAAAGGAUGAAACCCUUCUUGUUUGGAUCUAGACUGGGUUGCUUGAUAUUUGAUCUUGAUCAGACCGCCGAACUCCUGAGACAAGCACUCAACUUUACAGCUCACAUUGCCUACAAUGACGGUAUCAUACUCUUUCUCUCGAGAAACCCACAGGUGACGCACAUUGUUGAAAAAACGGCCAUGGAGUGCGGAGAAUAUUCCCACACGAGAAGGUGGAAGGGAGGCACAUUCACCAAUUCGACCAAAGAAUUUGGAGCAGUAACCAGGUUACCAGAUCUCUGCAUAUUACUCAAUACUUUGAACAAUGUUAUGCUAGAACACCGCGCUGUCAGUAAUGCCGCUAAAAUGUGCAUACCCACUGUUGGAAUCGUCGAUAGCAAUUGCAAUCCUAAUCUCAUAACUUAUCCUGUGCCUGGUAACGACGAUACACCUUGUGCAAUUGAACUUUAUUGUAAAUUAUUUAAGCAAGCCAUUUUAUUGGGUAAGGAAGCUCGAGCGAAAAAACUUAGUAAGCAAACGUAAAUUUUAAUCAUUACAAAACAAAACAAACUUAUAAACACAACUAUUAGUCUGUACAGGUUUCUUUUUUUUUUUGUACCAUGCUCAUUUUAUCACAAUGUAAAUAUGGCUGAGAUUUAAUUCAUUAAAUGGGUGUGACAUGUAUUUUGGCA